AUGCGUGGCUUGCUUAUUUCUCUCUCGGGAGCCACUGCCCUGUAUGGCAUGGUUUGCUCAGCUUCCAGUAACAUUUACGGUGUUGAUAUCGACCCUCAGACAACAACCGCUGCCUGGCCAGCUCCAUCCUCAUCAGAUCCUGUGUCUCCGACUGCUACCAACACGACGGUCGCAAAGGCUCUAGUGGCCGGUGCAGGUCGCGUUGAUAUCACACCUGCUGUCAACAGAACCUGGCUACCGCUAAAUGAGUACGAACAUGAAAAGUUGUGGGUUCGUGCGAUAGUGUUCCAGAGCCAGGGCGUUACAUCCGCCAUCAUUGGGUCGGAUCUGAGCAAUAUCGAGGAAGUCAUCUACCAAGAUACAGUUGCACGUGUGUCAACUCUGCUCAAUACGUCUGUUGAGAACAUCAUUCUAUCAAGCACACAUACUCAUGGAGCAACACCGUGUGGUAGUGCUCUGUUUUCAACUGCAGAGAACUAUGGAUAUUAUCAAGUUUCCGACGCCGCUGUCAAAGCUGUUGAACUUGCCCUUGCCAGCUUAGAGCCGGCUUGGGUAGGAUACAAUACUGGUAGCUCGAAUGCAAACGCCAACCGCGACGCCAUCUCCCCGAUCACGGGACUGUGGACCGAAGCCCUGAACCUGACUGCACCCGCCGAUCGCGAAGUCGAGGUCCUAACGUUUAUUCGACCCUCCGACAAGUCUCCCAUUGCCUCCUACACGUCGUACGCGAUGCACCCCGUAAUGUCCUAUCUGACGGGAUAUACUUCUGCUGAUUGGCCUGGUGCCAUGUCGCGCUGGAUCGAAAAUAGCUUCGACGACGAUAUGGUGGCUAUCUAUAGUCAACAGGCCUCGGGCGACGUGAACCCACGCUGGAUGCGCACUACGACCAACAAUUUGCUAUCGCAGCGCCACGCUGCCAUCUCCGGGUACGAGACGGACCACGAAACGGUCGAGGUGGCCACCCGCAACAACUCGAUCCCGUUGGGACGGGCAGAUCCAAAGUACAUCAAGCAGGCUUUUGACAAUAUCGAGGCGCUGGGUAUCAUUGUCGGCGAAGUAGUGAUUCGUGUCAUGUCGGAAACAGAUCAGUGGCAAGACGCGCCGACGAUAUGGGCCAAGCAGCAAAACGUGACCUGUCCGGGGCGCAAGCGCUUGGACAACUCGAUUGUCAAUCGUGCGGGCAGGCCUGGCAACUACACAACCCAAGGUGUGGCGCCGAUUGAGAUACGUACCGGUGCCCUGGGCAUUGGCGAUAUUGUCCUGGUCACCGUGGGCGCUGAGAUUUACACCAAGAUUGGAUGGAAGAUCAAGGAGAUGACGCCCAUGAACAAGACGAUGCUGGUCACAAUGAGUAAUGGAAAAGCACCCUCCGGGUACAUUCCAGACACGGAGAGCUUUCUCACUCAUUUGACCUUUGAAGUGCUUGGAUCAAACCUGGUGCCAGGCAGCUGUGCAGAAGACGGCAUAUCGGGAAAUAUUACGGCUCUUGUUAAUGAGUACCUAGAGUACAACCAAACAACUAGUAACCACCAGUUUGUUGAUCGUAUCGGCAACAUUGGAAAAUAA